AGUAUAUUUUCUUAUUUCGAGAUAAUUUAUUAUAUAAGAACAAUCGAGCAAAUCUGUUUCUCAUCCACAUCUCAAGGAUCUUUCCGCAUGGGUACUCUCGAUUUACCUCAUGUAUCAUUGUUCAAGGGAGGAAGCGAAACAUUUCUUAGGAACGUGUUUGAGAAUAUACUGAAGACGUAUUUGAGGAAGAACCCGACCGCGAAGACGAUAUGGGAGCUCGUUCAGUCCGUGGACAAUGAGAAGAUCUGCUAUGACCACUUUACUUUCAGGACACUUAAGGUAGAUGGAUAUGGAAUAGAUUCCUUGUCGAGUUUUUUCAUGGAUUAUGGAUAUAAAAUUGGAGGCGGACUUGAUUUUCCUAAGAAGAAACUGCGAGUUCUCUGGUUUUCUCCACCGGAUGCUCAAGUUCCAAAUGACGGUCACGGUCUAGCCAAUGGUCCUUUGCCACGACUUGUUAUAGCUGAGGUUCUUGUGGACGAACUAAGCCUUGAAUCACAGGGGAUAAUAAGGAAGUAUUUGAAACCACUAGGUGGUAAACAAGCCGUUCUUUCAAGUACUUUGGGGUCUUUAAUUUGGGAGAAGCCUACAUGGGCCGACUUCACGCAACUUGCCAAUAAAGAGAAAGCGAAUUUGCGGCAUGGACACUUAUCCACGGCUAUACAAUGAACCAUCUUGCUUUUGCGGUUCAUCGAUUUAAACACCGUUUCAAAUGUGUGUGUGUGAGUGUGUUUUUCUAGAUCCUUAGAGCACCUCCAUCAGAGGUUAUUAAGCAAGGGUUCUUAAGAGAAAAGCCCUAAAAAUAAAUCAAAAAGGAAAAAAAUGACAACAACCGGUUCCUAAAAAAGAGGUUUUAGAAUUGUUAAAAACCUCUAACGUGUCUGUUUUUUAUUGGUUCUUCUUGUCUCUCUCUCUCGCCUCUUCCUCUCUUGGUCGUGACUCUCUCAUUCGAAUCUGUCUGGUAAAUCAUUCUUCUACACAGCUCCCAAACCUUGAUUAUCUAUUCUUCAUCAUGUUUGAUUUCGUGGGUAUUAUCUCAAUUUAGGGAUUUUGAUUUUCUGAUUUGGGAAUUUAGGUUUCUUCCAAUUUGGGAAUAAGUCUAUGAAAAGAGACAUUCACACUUGUAUUGAGAGGAUCUUUGGUGGUUUCCCUGAAAAUCUUCAGAAAAGAGAUAAUUACACUUGCCUCUGCAAGGUUUCGAUCAAGGCACCAAGACAAAGGAACCAAAACAGGGUCAAGGGCGAGGAAGAAAAGGACAUGAUGUAGAAGUAGAACAUGAAGAAGAUGAUGCCACGACAUCUGAGCAACAGCCAAUUGAGAAACAAGCUGAGGAGUUCUCUGGAGAAUGGGAUACAAAUGUGCCUGAGCAGGCAGUGAUAGUAGGAGAGGAGCAAGGGAUGAAGGGAAUGAGAAAGCGGGUGGGCAGAGAAAAGGGCGUAGCGUGGGAAUCAUCAUAAUCAUCACCAUCAACAUCAAGUUGGAACACCACCUUCAAACCAUCCAAUGAGCAGCAUGGAGUAGCCAAAACAGCAACCACCGGGACCAAGGAUGCCUGAUGGGACCAGAGGAUUCUCGAUGGGAAGAGGAAAGCCAAUCACGGUUCAGGCAGACUGAUCCAGAGCUGAGUGAGUUGUGUGAUCAUGAGUCGUGUGUAUGAGCUAUUUUCAUAAUCAAGAUUAUAGCAAAACUAAAAAAUGAGAGUUUAUUGAUGAAUUUAAUUAUCCAGAAAAUAUAAAGAUUAUAGCAAAACUAAA